ACUAUCCGUGCGGACGACCACCUUUGCAUAAGUAGCCAGGGCCAGCCGCAUCCAGUUCAUAUACCGCGGAAUCCAUCCGCGGUAUCGGGCGGGCAAUGCUGAGAGGGGGGUCGCCGCCUCCAUGGAAAUCUUCGAUCCCCUGGGCCCCUUGGCACUGCCCGCGGAUCUUGGGGUCCCGGGCGCCCCGGGCCUUUGCCACGGGGGGCGACCGGGACCGGGCGCUGCGUGGCCGUUCUCGGGCCUCGAAGUGGGCACCCAAGCGCGCCGGGGCCGGUCGGCAGGCCCGAGGGCCACCGAGUGCCCAGGAACAGUCAAGCAGACACGGGGAGGAUCUGCCUGAUUGUCCAAGGGCACCCAUGGGCGCUUCGGACGGCCACCCCGCCACGGACCCAGCGCCGGGUUGCAUCUCUUCAAACGCUUCAAAUCGCGUUCAGCAGCAUGCUGCAAGCAGCUCGCGAUGUACGCCAGUCUUGCGCCAAGCAGGUCAUGCUGUGUCGGCAACGGACGCGCGCGCGGCGCCACUGCGGCCACAGCGGACCCGAAGGCGCUACGGGGGCCUCCUGCAUUGCGAGGCAGUGUCCAGGUCCUAUCUCCGUCUCGGGAUGAGCUCCUGCCUCCACCUGCCCUCAGGGCAGAUCCACCAGGGCAGGGCCGCAGCACGGCCAAAGCCUCAACAGGCAGAGUGCGGGGCAAGGGAUACAGGGCCCCUGGGUCGCCCCAGCGGAGACCGCUGCAGCGGCAUUCGGCCAACGACUCCAGGACCCAUGUCGGAGGAGGGAGGAGGGAGGAGGGAGGAGGAGGAGGAGGAGGAGGAGAGAGAGCCAGGGCGCAGGGGUGACCACGAGAUGGGCUGCUGCAUCCCCGCCGCAGGGCUCUGGCUGUCAGCGAGCGGCGCCGCGCCGCUCCGUGCCCCGCGGGGCAGGAGGCUUACGCGGGCGCUGGCGGGCAGGCGGCCACCGGGCGAGGAGCUCCGUGCCGCGCGGGCACCCCGUGGCGCCUCACGCGGGCCCCGCGUCCACGGCGUCGCCGGCGGCCU